AUGGCAGACCCAGGAUCUCAGGGCUCCGGCGAUAUUGAUGAUAAGAUGAAGGGAGCCACCCAACCAGGAGACUCUAAGACUACUGCCCAGAAGCUUUCCGAGUCGGUGCAGCAGGGCGUUGAGACCGCAAAACAGAGUGCCGGAUCAGCUUCAGAGUCAGCCAAGGAUGCAGCGUCCAAGGCAUCGGAAACCGCCUCGGAAACACUUGACGGGGGUGGCAAUAAGAAAUAA